UAUUCUCUGACUCAUAAAUUCGGCAUAGGCUUCUAAAAAAUAAAAUGUCUAAAAAUAUUGUAUUUGAGGGAUGGUUAACGAAAUCACCGCCUUCAAAACGUAUUUGGAAAACAAAAUGGCGGAGAAGGUGGUUUGCCUUGCGACAAUCAGGUGAACUCCCAGGACAAUAUUUCCUAGAUUACUAUGCCGACAGUAAUUGUAGACGGGUCAAGGGUUCGAUCAAUCUAGAUUUCUGUGAACAGGUGGAUGCGGGACUGCAUAUGGAACGCACAAAUCAAGGAGCGCCGGAUCCGAAGAUACGUGGCUCGGUAUUCACCAUUCAGACUCAAACAAGAACAUACCAUCUCGAGGCUGACUGUGAAUCUGAAAUGGAGAAAUGGGUUGAUGCAAUCUGUAGUGUUUGUGGUUUAAGGGCUACAGAUGAAAAUGCUAGUUUUUCUGAUCCAUAUGUCUUAAAUCGAAACGAAUACCACAAUUCCUUGGGGUCUCAUGACCGAGGAAAUGUCAUAAAUGAUUCCGGAGAGAGCACUGGACCCUAUAUACCAAUAUCCGAAUGCAUAACAGGUGUUCGUGCACAGCACGCGAAAAGAGCUUUCACUUUUGAUCCUAAAAAUAUUGUAACUAGCACAAAGACACUUGAUAAGCCAGAAAUUGCUAGCAAUAGAUCUAAUUCGUACCAUGGUACACCACAGAUACGCAUCAACAACGUCGCGGUGGAUUUCUCAGAAAAUGAUUCCAAUAGUGAGGAUGAGUGCAGGUCGCUUAAUGCUAGUCAAUAUAACAUAGGAGAGGUAAAAGUAGCAAAAAGUUUCACAAGGCUGACCAUACACCCACAGCAGCAUAAUAAUGGAAUUAGUGAUGAUGGCCCGCCCGUACCUCCACGACCACCUAAAACCUUUUCAAUGAAUAGGGAUUUAGUACAUCGAGAAUCCUUCCACGGUCCCAAGGUACAGGAGCCAGUCGAAAUUCAAGAAAAUACAUCGCCAUUUCCUUGGAUGCGUUUGCCUCGCCAACCACACCACCAUACGGCGCCUUCAUCGCCAGGUCGAUCUGUGAUAAGCCACUACGUUCGGACCACUGAUGAUGAAGACGAUGCCGCUAUGGGCCAUUCAAUGCAGUAUUGCAAUCUUUCGACUCUGCCGCCGGCUGUCGACCGCGCAUUAAAACCUCGCCAUUCGACACACUGCAUCGGCAAUAUGUACAACUUUGGUGGAUUGAACACUAAUGAUGAAUCGAGACGCGAUGUGUUGCAGUAUUUAGACCUCGAUCUCCACACGUCCACGCCACCUUCAUCUAACAAACCAGCUAUCAUACACGGGAAAUCUCAUUCCUCUGCCGACGCCGAUUCAGCAUAUAAAACCGUAGACUUCUUGAAAACAGAGGCCUUUAAUAUCACACGCCAGGACGCGGAAGCUUCUAGAAGUGUGCAGCAAUGAUUAAGAGCGAAUUUGAGUAGGCAAUAUAAAAGUGGGAUAAACAUAAAUGGCUUGUUUAUACGUUAGGAGACGAACGCUCUCUGAAUACGAAUCUUUGGUGUUGUGUUCAAUUUUAUUUUACCCCGACGGCGCACGCCUUAAAAAUGGCUAUUAUACAUAUGUUUUACUAUAAAGAUACCUAUAAGUAUUAUUUGGUAAUGUGAUGUGUUAAAAUUUUUAUUUGCUAUCACGAUUCUCUAAUAAAAUGUAGAGUGUUAUCGAUUCCCUAAUGUUGAAGUAACAUAAGGUAAAGAAAGGUAAAUUACAUGAUCUGUACGAGAUAUAUCAAUCGAAUUAUU